AAGAAGUGCCCUAGAAGAGUGAGAUGGGAUGGCGUUUGGUACGAGAUGGUCAGUUUAGAUGAUCUAUCUACGUUGCCCAUGAGCAGGUGAUAGCAGGUGUUGCUUUUUGAGCCGCUCGACCAUACACGCUCGCUUGGCUAUUUGUAAGUUUGGGUGUACUGCAGGUGCAGCAGUUCAGGCCUGCUACCAGUUUGGAAGGUUUUCCUUUGGGAGGUGGGUUGGAUGAAGGACAGAGAUUUCACUUGGGACUUGGGAAGACCUGAGAGGAGUCAGAUUUAGAUCAAAUAAACAGAUUGAAAAGACACACAGGACUAGGAUUCCAACAACAAGCAAACACAUUGAGAACAUGAUUUUGCCAGUUGACGGCUGUUGCCCUAAUCGCGAUGCCGCCGUGUGAUGCCGUGUGUACACGCAGGCUCCGCUACACCGACGCCAUCAGCGCGGUGCGGAGUGCCAAGGAGAUGGGGAUUGUCCCUGGCGGCGGCAGCGUGCUGCUGUACCUCUCAUCGGGCAAGUUCGUGGAGGCUGUCCAGAAGGACCUGCGGACCGAAGAUGAAAAAAAGGGCGCUGAACUGGUUUUCAAGUCGCUCCAGGCACCCAUCCGACAGAUCGCGCGGAAUGCGGGCGAGGACCCCAGCGAGGUGGUCUUCUCCCUGCGGGGUAAGGAUUUCGGCUAUGGCUACAACGCCGCCACCAAGGUCUACGAGGACCUCUUGAAGGCUGGCGUCGUGGAUCCCGCGAAGGUGGUCAUCAACUCCGUGGUGAAUGCCGCCUCGAUCGCCGGCAUGGUGCUCACCACCGACGCUGUGGUCACCGACCUCCCGACCACUCCACCACCCACGCCUGCGGGCGGUGGCAUGGGCGGUGGCAUGGGCGGCAUGGGUGGUAUGGGUGGCAUGGGCGGCAUGUAUUGAGACGUUUCUCAGAGCUUGGUAGCCUCUCCCGAUGAAGAAGUGAGCCGGAAAAAGGUUCCAAAGAGAUGUGCAGCAGAGUAGUAUGCGUACGAUCGCCUUCCUUUUGUUCCAGAUCACACAACCAGGUCACAAGAUACUUGGAAGAGAAGAACGUUCUUUGGCC